AUGCACGAACACUCCGGCUUCACCAACGCGGCCAAAGCAACUAAGGAGGGGCAUGUUGAUAAGGCUCCGAGCUGGGCAAGUUCUGGUCGCAUAGAUUAUGCCUCAUGGCAAAUCCAAGUUUACCUCCCCGAUAUUCCAGAAUCGAGGGCAUCGGGCUGUGUUUCCUGUUUACUGCUCACAGAGAUUUUGAACAAGCUCACCAACGGGACUGUAGACUUUCAGAGCCCUGAGCUUUGGUUGGAAAUUAUUUUCUGUAAGGGGAAUGCAAUGAGGGUUAAGCUCGUGAGAGGAGACCCGCCGGAUGACUUUGAUAUGUUCUCAGAUGGGCAAGGAGGAGAUUGGGAUGUUAUCGAAACCUACGAGUUGUACACUUUGCCAGGCUCUCCAUCCCCAUGGCCAACCAUUGGACCAUGCAUGACUAUCGAAAAACCAGACUGGAGCUUGCCGGCAGAGAUUGGCGGCUUUGCCAGGCACGUCGAGUUGGACCCUGCGUCUGAGUCAUCCUUCGACAGAAUCAAGAGAUGGAUCAAAAUAUGCAAGACGGAACACGCCGUCUGCUCUGAAGCCGAAGCCAAGCUGACACGAGACCUUCCAAAACGAGUCAUCGAUAUUGGCCCUGAGUCAAACGACGGGAUCCACGUUUUUGAACGGGAUAAUCCCGCCGAGAGGAUUGACGAGCCGUAUAUUGCGCUGUCUCACUGCUGGGGAAAGACUCAGCACUUGGUUUCAAAGAAAGCGACUAUCGAUGAGCGAAAGAGGAAUAUCCCGUUUGAAUCGAUGGCCAAGACUUUCCAGGAUGCAGUUACAAUCUCGAGGAAAUUGGGUAUUCGAUACAUUUGGAUCGACUCACUUUGCAUCAUUCAAGAUGAUGACGACGAUUGGCAAACUGAGGCAGCCAAGAUGGCUUCUAUCUACAAUGGGGCAGAAUUGGUACUUUCUGCGACUGGCUCUGUGGAUGGCAGCGGCGGUUGCCUGUUUAAAAGAGAUCCAUACGUAACGGUUUCUGGAACGUUUCCGGAUGGCAAGCCUUGGGAGGUCUACGGUCGAAAGACUCUUCAACACAGCGUGUUUGGGUGGAAUGUGGAGCGCAACAUGGCCAAGGGCUCGUCAAAUCCCAUCGCGGGUACGAGGCAGACAGAUGUUCAGGAUCAUCCUUUGAUGACUCGAGCUUGGUGUUUCCAGGAAAGGCUGUUGGCGACGCGGGUCCUCCACUACACCAAGAACGAGAUUGUCUUUGACUGCCUCUCGUCGAUGGAGUGCGAGUGCGGAGCCUUGGAAAAGCACGAUGAAGACCCGUUGAUACCCGCCCGUCGCAUCAUGAAGACGGGACACAAGUACAUCACUGGGACCAAGAGUCUCAGGGCUGGUCGAACAUGGUUGACUAACCCUCUCGAGGGAGAGGACAAAGAGUUUGAUCAGCAUCACGAACUAUGGCGCGACCUGAUUGUGCAGUACUCUCAGAAGCAGAUCACGAAAAGAACGGACGGGUUGCCCGCCGUGGCUGGGUUGGCUCACGAGUGGCGUAACGGUUUGACGGGGAAGUACCUCGCGGGUCUGUGGGAAAAGGAUCUGCUGAACCAUUUGCGCUGGAUGCCUGACGAGGCGGAACCUGCGGAGGAGCCCGACGAGAAGAAACCCAGCGAGAAACCAGAGUACAUCGCUCCUAGUUGGAGCUGGCUUAGUGUUCAACGUGGUGUCACAUGGGGCGUCGAGAGCUUCAUCGACGACACGUUCUUUGUGGACGUCGACCUGAGCCGUACCGAUUGCCAACCCAAGAACGAAACCAACCCCCUCGGAGCAGUGACAUCGGGCUAUAUAUUCCUCACAGGCCGCAUCAUGCCCCUCACCUUCUCCAUCAGCGGCAAAACCGUCUGGUUAGAGAAGCAAGGCCACAAGAUCAAGAAGGAGCUCGAAAGGCCCGACAACCUGUCUCGGUUGCGUAACCUACCGGAUAAAGUGGUUUACUGUCUCAGAUUCUGCCGCCGUCCCACCACGAGGAACGCGUACGAUGACGAUUCGGCCCUUGUCCUGGUCAAAGCGGAUGCGGAGGCCCGGGAAAACCAGCCGGACGAGGUCCGAGGGUAUGAGCAUGUGUACCAGCGGGUUGGGUUCAUAAGGAAUUAUAUGACCAAUGCUUGGGAGCAUAAGCGUGAUUCAGAGGAAAUAGGUCUGUAUGUGAUUUGA